UUUACAGUUUUGUUUACCCUUGCAAUAAAAUAAAUAAAUAAAUACCUAAUAAAUCGAUACAAUAAAAGCAAAAAUAUAAUAGAUAACUAUGGAUAAAGUUAAGAAACAAUUGCUCCAAGCGGCCAUUAAUCAUGGUUCCAUUAGAAAGGAUGUGCUUCGCGAAUUAUUAGCAAAUUUAUGCGAUGCAUACGAUGUGCGUGAACCAGAAAGUGCCACUGCAUUAAAUAGUUUUAUCGCGGAAAUCGAUGCAAGCAUACGUACUUACGAUCAAACUUUGCAAAUAAUAAAACAUCCUCUAAAUGGAGAGGAAUAUUUAGUAUUCGCUUUGUUAAUUGUUAAUCAGGCAUGCAAAUUCCAACCCCAAUAUACAGAUACUGAACGAAAUUAUUUCUAUAAGCUAUUGGAAACUUUGGUGAGCAGCGAUGAUUAUGGCAUCGAAUGGAUGGAUAUCUACAGAGUUGCUAAUCUUAUACCGGCCAAUGUUCAACGACCAUUGUCCAAGCAACGUAUUCAAGAUUUGGAAACAAUUUGGAUGUCUCAAGGUUAUUUUCUGGAAAAGGAUGAAAAAAUAUAUUUGGGACCUCGGUCAAUGCUAGAGUAUGGAAAUUAUUUGAAAAAGAAUUUUCCAGAAUACAUUAAAGAUUGCAUUUUAUGUAACAAAAUAGUGUAUUGGGAUGUCAAAUGCUCAGAGUGCGAUGUAAAACUGCAUCGGCAAUGUAUAAGAAAGUAUUUGACAAAGAAAUCUACAUGCCCUGGAUGUAAAAGAACUUGGAAUACCCGUUUAAGUCUAUCACAGCCACCGAAUUAAGUGUUUUAUCUUAUUCCUUAUAAAAAAUCCUUAUUGGCAGAUUUGCUGAAAUUUUGCAAUGCGCAUACAUUCAAGCAUUAAAGAAUGAAAUUAAUAUUAUUUUUAUCUAAUUUCUAAUUUAUUUCAUAAGCUCUACUUUUAUAAAAACAUGAAAAAAAUUAAAUUU